GCCGCGGCCCUCGAUUCUCUGACGCGAGGGUCUGGGCUCUCGGCUGCGCGGCCUGCGCUGCCGGCCUUAGAAACCUGGCUCCGGAAGAAUGUGGCUUUGGCCUCGGCUGUGGCCGCCUACCUCGGUGGCAGGGCAGUGCUCCACGGCUACAAGGUCGUGCACCUUCCGGCCACGCUGAGCACCAAGGAGUUCAUCUCCGCGCACUGGCACCACGACCGGGCAGGGCGACGACUGAAGCUGUUCUUGCGCUUGAACGAUGUUGAUCCCGUGGAAGGACACCCAACGCAGGUGGCCUUGGGCUCUCAUCGGCUGUCAUACUACUGGCACGAGGAGUUCGAGCAAUCUC